GGGAGCGAGGAGAACUUAUAAAGGGAAAUUUGAGGUGCCUGUCCUGGGAUUUUAUUUCACAUUUCCCACAAGCUUCCUGAAAGCAAAAUGAAGCUUUUCUUCCUAAGCUGUUGGCUGAUUUCUUGCUGUUGCCAGUCUUGGGCAGUGAAUAGGGAGUACUACAUUGGCAUCGUAGAGACAGAGUGGAACUAUGCACCUGGCAACACCAACGUCGUGUCUGGACAGCUUUUUGCAGCAGAAGAGCAGGCUGAAGUCUUUCUCAAACAAGGACCGCAUAGGAUAGGAAGCACUUACAAGAAAGCUGUCUACACUCAAUAUACCAAUCAGUCAUAUGAUGUGGUAGUUGAAAAACCUGCCUGGCUGGGCUUUUUAGGCCCUAUCAUUAAGGCAGAAGUUGGAGAUUCCAUUAUUAUUCACUUGAAAAACUUUGCAUCCAGAAGCUACACGCUGCAUCCACAUGGUGUAAGUUACACAAAGGAAAAUGAAGGUGCUUUUUAUCCUGACAACACCAAAGAUCUGCAGAAGAGAGAUGAUGCUGUGAAGCCUGGAGGCCAGUACACCUUCACAUGGGAUGUGACAGAAGAUCAAGGUCCAGCUGAGGCAGAUACAGACUGCAUCACCAGAGUUUACCACUCUCACAUAGAUGCUCCAAGAGAUGUUGCCUCAGGACUUGUGGGACCUUUAAUAAUUUGCAGGAAAGGUACAAUGGACAAGGGCAGUGCUGAGAGCUUUGAUGCUGAAUUUAUCCUUAUGUUUUCUGUGAUGGAUGAAAAUCUCAGUUGGUACUUAGAGGAUAAUAUCAGGACAUACUGUUCUGAGCCUUCCAAAGUUGACAAAGAUGAUGAAGACUUCCAGGAAAGCAAUAAAAUGCACUCAAUCAAUGGCUACAUGUAUGGAUACCUUCCAAACCUCACCAUGUGUGUGGAAGAUAAGGUAAAAUGGCACCUCUUUGGCAUGGGUAAUGAAGCUGACAUCCAUUCAGCCUACUUUCAUGGACAGACCUUAGUAGAAAGGCAUCAUCGAGUGGACACCAUCAACCUCUUCCCAGCCACAUUUAUCGAUGCUGUCAUGAUUCCAAGGAGUCCUGGGGAAUGGCUGCUCAGCUGCCAAGUGAAUGACCACAUUGAAGGUGGUAUGCAGGCCCUUUUUAAAGUAAGAGAUUGCAGGAAAUCCCUGAGAGAUCACAAUGAGAGCACAAAGAUAAGAGAGUAUUUCAUUGCUGCUGAGGAGAUCAUCUGGAAUUAUGGCCCAUCUGCAAUGAACCAUUUUACAGGACAGGAAUUAACUGCUGACAGUGACUCUCGUGUGUUUUUUGAACAAAGUGAGACCAGAAUUGGUGGCUCUUACAAAAAGGCCAUUUACAAAGAAUACACAGAUGGGUCCUUCGCUGUGCGCAAGCAAAGAGACUCAGCGGAAGAACAUCUUGGACUCUUAGGGCCUGUGAUCAGGGCUGAAGUGGGCGAGCGCCUGAGGGUGACCUUCCGGAACAACGCCAGCCGCCCGCUGAGCAUCCAGCCCCACGGCGUGCGCUACGCCAAGGCCCACGAGGGAGCCUUCUACGGCCCUGCCACAGGCACCGCACCGCCAGCCUCUCGUGUGAGCCCCGGCGCUGUGUUUACGUACGAGUGGGAUGUGCCAGAGGAUGUGGGCCCCACGCACCAAGAUCCAGACUGUUUAACUUGGAUUUAUUACUCAGCUGUGGAUGCAGUCAGGGACACCAAUUCUGGCCUUGUGGGGCCUCUCCUGGUGUGCAGGAAAGGAGCUCUUCAUCCGUCUGGGAAACAGAAAAAUGUGGAUGUGGAGUUUUUUCUACUUGCUACAGUAUUUGAUGAGAACCAGAGCUGGUACUUGGAUGAGAACAUUUUGAUGUUUACACUAAAUCCUGACAAAAUCGACAAAGAUGAUGAAGACUUCCAAGAGUCUAACAAAAUGCACUCCAUCAAUGGUUAUAUGUAUGGAAAUCAGCCUGGCCUGGAGAUGUGUAAAGGAAGUGUGGUGUCCUGGCAUUUGAUGGGCUUAGGCUCCGAAGUUGAUGUCCAUGGGAUAUACUUCUCAGAAAACACAUUCAUAGCUAAAGGGUCAAGAAGGGACACAGCAAAUCUCUUUCCACAUACAUUCCUGACAGCUGUCAUGAAGCCUGACUCUGAAGGAGUUUUUGAAGUGUCCUGCCUGACAACAGAUCACUACAGAGGGGGCAUGAGACAGCAGUACAGAGUGAAGCAGUGCCACUGGUGGAACGUGGAUGUGUCCAUGUAUCUGCAUGGAAAGACUUACUAUGUUGCUGCAGUGGAAGUGGAAUGGGACUACUCUCCUAACAGGACAUGGGAGCUUGAGCGCCAUCAACACCACGAGGAAAGCCCUGGCAAUCCAUUUUUAAAUAAGGAAGACAAAUUCAUUGGCUCCAAGUACAAGAAGGUUGUGUACAGGGAGUACACUGACCAGACAUUCAGUACUCCCAAAACCAGAACAGAGGAGCAGCAGCACCUGGAAAUUCAAGGGCCACUGCUUAUGGCAAAUCUUGGAGACAAAAUUAAAGUCGUUUUCAAGAACCUGGCCUCAAGACCUUACUCCAUCCAUGCCCAUGGAGUGAAAACAGACAGUCCUGUGGUCCCUGUGACUAACCCAGGUGAAACAAAAACCUAUGUCUGGAAAAUCCCAGAGAGAGCUAGUUCUGGGAGAGGAGACCCACACUGCAUUGCAUGGGCAUACCAUUCCACGGUGGACAUCAUUAAGGACAUAUACAGUGGGUUGAUAGGCACACUUGUGGUGUGUCACAAACACUAUCUGCCAUCCUUCCAUGCGAAAAAGAAAGUGCAAUUUGCUCUUCUUUUUAUGGUUUUUGAUGAAAAUGAGUCAUGGUACUUGGAUGAAAACAUUCAAACCUAUUCUGCCAACCCUCACCUUGUCGACAAAGACGAUGAGGACUUCCUUGAAAGUAAUAAGAUGCAUGCUAUUAAUGGAAAGGUGUUUGGAAAUCUCCAAGGUCUGACUAUGCAUGUUGGAGACGUAGUAAGUUGGUAUUUGAUGGCAAUGGGCAAUGAAAUAGACAUUCACACAGCACACUUCCACGGGCACAGCUUUGACUAUAAGCAAACAGGGCUGUACCGGGCAGAUGUCUUUGAUCUCUUCCCUGGCACCUUUCAGACUGUGGAAAUGACCCCUCAGAACCCUGGCACUUGGCUCUUACACUGCCACGUCACUGACCACAUCCACGCAGGCAUGGAAGCAACCUACACCGUGCUGCCAAGGGAAGACAGGCAGUCUUUGUUCUCAAGGCUGUUCCAGCAGCUCAAGUGCAACACGACGGCAGACACGCGGGAAUGACGGAAACAUCUGACCACAGGCAGUCUCCAAGGCCUACCUUCAGCAAAGCAUGUCCUGAGAAAUGCCAUCUCCUGAACAAGCAACUCCAUGGUUCCUCCUGAAGAUUCCAUUCAGUGGCCCACAGCUAACAGGAGGAGAGAGCUGACUGGACAGAACAACUCAGAAAUACCUUAAGUAUCUUGUACGCUAAACAUAUGCUACAUGGUGCCUAAAGCAUGCUCUUAAGCUGCUGAGGGAGAGUCAAAGCAAAUGCAUUUUCAUGCUUGUAAAUAACCACAUGGGAACAGCAAAACCUGCAGGCUUCUGCUGUCACCUUUUAGCAGUCAGAUAAUUACUGCUUGGAAAAUAGGAAUCUGGUUGCCACUUUUAGUUCUCAAAGUGCAAGGUCCUGCAUCUGGGUCAGGCCAAUGCCAGGCACAUAAACAGUUUAACUUACCAAUGUAUCAUUAACUGUUCUUCCUUUCUCUCACUUUUUAAGUACAUUUUAUUUGCAGUGUAGAUGAUCUCUUCUGAUGACUUCUGCAGGUUUAAGUAACAUUACAGCUUCAGUGAUAACAGAUUUGACAGGAGUCAGAUUCAGCUAAUUACAUCUUAGAUGGCUGUGGGCUUGCAGAGUCACUCUUCUGCUCGCAGCAGACUCUCAAAGAGCAAAUGGCACUCAUGAGCAAGUAAUAAAUGCUGUGGUAGUUUAUUAUGACUGAACUCCAGCUGAAGGAACAGAAGGAAACAUCAGCACACACAUGCACAAGUACCUGAGAUGCUUACCAAAAACCCCAAGAAGUUUUCAACUGCAUCUGUGGCCUUCUGAUACUUCAGAUACUCCUUAUACCUGAGGGCAACAGAAGGAGAAAGAAAACAAAACCAAGCAAGCAGCAGUCUGCAUCUUCUGUUCCUCCUGGAACACUUACACCUCUCUGUCAUUCCUGGCCUCUUCUUUUGGAUUGCAUGGGUGUGUAAUGAAGGUGACAGAGCAGCUUGCCCAGCUGUAAUUCAAGGGAAUGUCUUUGCUGCAAAAUGAUGUAAGUGGGGCCCAGCUCCUGUUUCAGGUGAGCAGUUUCCUCUGGCUGCAGUGAAGAAGAUGUGGCAGGAAAAAUGCUGCAGCUCCAUCCUCUGGCAGAAGGCUGAGGAAAUCCCUCAAUUCAAGUUCUGUCGCAACAACUGAUAGAGUUUCUGCUCAGAGCAGGAGAGAAAACCUUGGUUAGGGAUUUUAGGUUCAGAACAAGUAAGCUGAAAAGCCAUUAACAGUGUAACUACUAUCUGAAGUCAUCCAAUUACCUAAAUGUGGCAACUGGAAUGAAACCUGGGACACAUCCACUUGGGAGCAAACACAACUACAGGAAGUCUCAAAAGGAAAGUGCAGUUGUGUCUUAGAUGAAAACCAAACCUCCAGCUCAAGUCCUCAGUUCAACCUGUGGCACUGAAGCUUAUGAAGUCUGAUCCAGUGCUCCACAUGCUUUGUAUCAGUGCAAAGAUGCCCUGGACAGCUGGAGUAGCACAGCAGCUCCUCAGACCAGGGUGUGUGCCAUUAUGUUGUUAUGCCAUUGCAGCACAGUUACUGCAUGAAAACAGCUUCACAGAACCGUCAGGGCUGGAAGGGACCUCAAGGAUCAUCUAGUUCCAACCCCUCUGCCCUGGGCAGGGACACUUUCCAUUAGAUCAGGUUGCCCAGAGCUGCAUCCAGCCUGGCCUUAAAAACUUCCAGGGAUGGGGUUUCUGCCACCUCCCUGGGCAACCUUCAACCCAGAAGUUAAUGCACACUGCAGCCCUGGGAUGCUGCCCUCGGGUGUUACACUGGCACUUAAAAUACAGGUAUGUCUAUGUGCUCAUCCAAUCCUCUUGGCCUGUCAGAACAAACACACUGACCCCUCAGCUCUACACUGCAUUGCUGCCUUCCUGCACACAUGUAACAACAGGACUGCAGCUACCAGGGCUGGUUUCUUUAUUCUCCUAGAGACAGGUUGGUAGUUUUUCAGUUUAUAACCUAAUCACUUAAACACUUACUGGUAAUCAUCACCACACUCAAACAGCCACUGUGUUAUCAACAGUAGCUGUCAUUGUCUAGCACCACACAGUCAUUUAGCCUAGGGGAAAAAGAAACCCAUUUGCUUAUUAUCUAUUAGCUCUAUUUAAUCUUUUUAGUGGUGUCUGCCCUUGAUUUAUACAGCAGCACUUCCACUCCAACAAUCUGUUUUGAACACAAAGGAGGCAGCAGGCUGUACAUUGCAGAACCCUGUGCAAGCCUGCUGAGCUGCAUUAGCUUUCACUGUGGAAAAAAGCCCCCUUUCUUCUUCCCCUCUCUUUUAUCACACCAGUAGUCCCUAGCCUGAACAGUAGUUAGAACAUCAGAUGACUACAGAAGUUGAAUGUCAGAUGACUACAGGAGUUGAGUUGCAAGCAACUGCUUUACCUUUCAGCGCCGAGAUGAGAACAGGGCACUCAGGUCCAAGAAGUCUGGCUCUUCUGCACAGUUCAGGAAGCAGCUUGUUCCACCACAGAGCCUAAGCCACAAAACCCCAGGAGAAGUGUAUGUUAACAAGGGUUGCAACGAAGAGUGGCAGACCUGCUAAAAACACCCUGAGCUAAGCUCUAGGCAGGUCAUGAUGAACUCAGUAAUUCUGCCAUGCUUUGAAGUGCUCUGAUUUUGCACAGCUUGGGAGGCUUCAGCACCAUCUUUUUCUACUAAAAGAUGUUGCACAGUGCCCUUUACAGCCUCCACAGAGCAAAGGAGAGAAAGUCACAGCAUUGCAAGACUGAGACUGGCAGAAGAUGAAGUUUUUCUUCCCUCCCAGCAGCUCCUUGCAAAGUAGUGACUAGCAGCAUCACUGUAAGAAGGCUGCUCUGUCUCCAGCUCUCACCUGUCUACUCCCAGCAGCUGUAUUAGUGAGCUAUGGUCUGCGUUUAACUCUGUUGUCAAGGACAGAGAGAGGGCAAAGGAUUUCCUUCCUUGCUUAAAUGUGGUAACUCUUUUUUCCACCUGUGUUCUGAUUCUGUACUGCCACCUCGCAUUCAAUUCUCUGACUAACCUGGGAACAAUCAAAGAAACUACUUUCAGAGUUGAAUAAAAAAGCAGAGCUGUGGUUUUUGA